UCAUCCCAUGUCACAUCUCUCUCACUCACACACACACACACAUAGUGAGACCCUUCUAUUUGUUCUUGGUGUGUCUUCUUGUUAUGGGUGUCAUUGUUGUUUAGCUGUUGUGAUGUGAAAGAAGAUACAUGAAAAAAGAGAUACAGACAGCAAAGUCCCAAUGCUCUUCUGCACAAUUUUGCUAGCAUCUAUAUGUACACACAUGUGCAGUAUAUAUGCUGUUAGUGUGUGUGACUGUGUGCUGAUUGGCAUGUGGUUUUUUUGCAGGAAAUGACAUGGUUAAGAUUUGGGCUUUUGUUAGAGAAGAUUGUGGUACAUUGAUGUCUCAGAAACUUAAUAUUUUACAAAUUUAUUUUUAAGCGGUAUUUGUUUUUAGUGAGCUUGGACGCAAGUGAGUAUUUGUUUAAUGACUGAGGCCAAAGAGAUGAAUAAUUUUACUUUGGGGUGAGAAAAGAAAGAUCUUGGAUUUUGUAAAGGAAUCUGAGUUCCACAUUUCCCAGCAUUCCAAUUAUUGGUAAUAGUGGAGAGAGAGAGAGAGAGAUCAUUUCAUCUUAUAAAAAAGCUCAUUUCGUCCAAGGCAAUCAUUUCAUACCUUUUGAACAUGCUCUGAAAUCUGCUAUUUGAAAAGGCAGCUUAUUAUUUGAACUUCUGCAUAUGGUGAUGAAGGAAAUGGAAUGCUUUGGAUGGUGAAUGAUUCACCAACUAUUGCUGCUGAGGACUUUCUAUUCUCCUUGAAAAAGAAUCAAUUCUUGAUUGGAAGGGCGUUUAGUUUCAAUAGAUCCAUCACUACUUUUGUUGUGUGGUUGGAGGCAUAACAAUGAACAUGAUAGAUAAUUGCUGUUUCUUGUGAGCAAAAAUUCGAAAAAAGUUUCAGUUGUGGCUUCCCUCAAGAGGAUAGUGUGAUAGUUUGCGCGCUUCUGGAAGUGGGCAUCGACAGUUUUACUGUAAUGAGUCGAGAGAUGGGAGGGAAACAGGACAAGGUUUCUGAGGUGGCCAAAGUUCUGGUGGCUGUGAAGGCAGCAAAGGAGAUUCCUAGGACUGCUUUAAUUUGGGCACUGACUCAUGUUGUUCAGCCCGGAGACUGCAUUACCCUUCUUGUGUUCGCCUCUUCACAGACUAGUGGUCUAUUUUGGGGAUUCCCAAGAUUUCGUGGCGACUGUGCCAGUCGCCACCGGAGGUCACAGUCAACUGCAAACGCAGAAGAGAUAUCGGAGAUUCAUGACAGUUGCACUCGGAUGAUUCUUCAGCUCCACGACGUGUAUGAUCCUAAAACAAUCGACAUAAAUAUCAAAAUCGCCUCGGAUCUUCCCUGUGGAGCAGUGGCUGCAGAGGCAAAGACAACUCAAGCCAGUUGGGUUGUUUUGGAUAGGCAGCUUAAUCAUGAGAAGAAGCAUUGUAUGGAACAGCUGCAAUGCAACAUUGUUGUUAUGAAGAAUUCCCAGCCAAAGGUUCUCCGGCUCAACUUAGUUGGAUCGGCUGCAAGAAAAUCGGAGGCGAUGGGUUCUAACAAUGAUCAACCAUCUAGAGAAAAGGAAAGUAAAACUGAUUCUUUGAGUCCGCCUCGUGCUCACCUUGUUACUCCGUCUAGUAGCCCCGAGACAUUCACCAUCACAGAAGCUGGAACGUCGUCUAUAUCAGACUCUGAUCUGGGAAAUUCACCAUUCUGUGUUCCAACGAAAAAGAAGACGCCUAAGAAGGCGAGAAGGUUGGAAAUCAAACAAGAUCUUGAUGGAUUUGGCUCAGACAGCGACUAUACUAGUCAUUCCCCAAGCCAAAAUUUGAAGUUCCAACCUUGGAUUCGACAGAUGUUUGGUUCGGAUGGUCAGUCUUUCGAGAAUCUUGAUGAGUGUCGUCUCUCUACUGCACGUAAGCAAGAUUCCGCGACUGAGGCCGCCCCAGGUAAGCUCCGUAGACUCGACAAAGAAGCAGCAUUUGGAUCACCAAGCUACAACAGUGGGAUGAGUUUCAACUGCAAUUUGAGGGAAGUUAUUUCUCUCUCAAGAAAAGCGCCUCCCGGACCUCCCCCGUUGUGCUCCAUAUGCCAACACAAGUCUCCUGCAUUUGGGAAGCCUCCUAGAUGGUUCACAUAUGCAGAGCUCGAGCUUGCAACAGGGGGCUUCUCACAAGCUAACUUCUUAGCUGAAGGUGGGUAUGGAUCCGUGCAUCGAGGUUUACUCCCCGACGGCCAAGCAGUCGCGGUCAAGCAGCACAAGUUGGCGAGUUCUCAAGGAGACAAAGAGUUCUGCUCGGAGGUUGAAGUGUUGAGCUGUGCUCAGCACCGCAACGUUGUGAUGUUGAUUGGAUUCUGCAUUGAAGAUGGUAGGAGAUUGCUGGUGUACGAAUACAUCUGCAAUGGAGCUCUUGAUUCUCAUCUCUAUGGACGGCAUCAGGAGAAGCUGUCAUGGAGCGCACGUCAAAAGAUUGCAGUUGGAGCAGCGCGAGGGCUGAGAUAUCUUCACGAAGAAUGCAGAGUGGGUUGCAUUGUGCAUCGCGACAUGCGGCCUAACAACAUCCUUAUCACACAUGAUUUUGAGCCUCUGGUGGGAGACUUCGGGCUAGCUCGUUGGCAAGCUGACGGCCAGAAAGGAGUCGAUACUAGGGUUAUUGGGACGUUUGGGUACUUGGCACCUGAGUAUACUCAGAGUGGUCAGAUCACAGAGAAGGCUGAUGUGUACUCGUUUGGAGUGGUGCUGGUGGAGCUCGUCUCCGGGCUGAAAGCCGUGGACCUGAAGAGGCCCAAGGGGCAGCAGUGCCUGACGGAAUGGGCUCGGCCGUUGCUUGAAGGUCGGGGGUUUGGCGAGCUGGUGGAUCCGCGGUUGGGAAACGAGUAUUUGGAGCAGGAACUUGAGUUGAUGUUGCAUGCGGCGUGUUUGUGUCUUCGUAGGGAUCCUCAGGCUAGACCUCGAAUGUCGCAGGUGCUCCGGAUACUCGAAGGCGACAUCAACAUGAUGGAGACGUCGGACAUGAACAUGAGUGAGAGAGGAUAUGGUCCCAUCAUCAGCUACAACAAGUACGUUGUAUCUUGGUAGCAACCAUUCCUCUCUCAACUCCAACCCAUCUUAUAAAUUGCAACUUUUAUUAAAUUUUUCUUUUCUUUUUUUAUAUCAUCCACUCAAUAUUGUACUACAAAUAUUUGCUUCUCUUCUCACAUAAUUGGCCCGAUUAGUUUUACUUUCA